GAACUAAUGUUAAAAAACGCCCAACACUCUUAUCCCGUGAAGGCCGUGCUCUUUCUUCUCUCUUUCCUGAUGAAGCAAAACAGGAUAUUAAUAUUGUAAUCUCAAGAAGAUACAUAAGACCUGCCAAUACUUCCGUUCUUAAAAUUUAUGAUCAGGAGAUGAACAAUCAAGGAGACGAUAAUCAAUAUAACAAUGAAGAAAGAUACGAUGAUCUAUAUGAAGAAAUAUAUGCAAAUGGCAACUGUAAAAAUGGAGAAAGUAACUCUGUUUGUUAUGGGAAUUCUCCAGACAAAAAAUCAGGUGAACUUGUUAAGUGUGACAUAACUAAUGAAGAAAAAUCGAAAGCAGCAAAUUAUUUGAUACAUUCAUUUGAUAAUUUUGAACAAAUGUUAAUUCAAGAAGGAUAUGAUAUUGAAAUUCAACGACCUUAUUCUUAA